CAACCACUUUAACCAUUGAUAGUUUUCUUUAGCUCGUUUUAUUGAAAAGUCUCCUGCGGCAUUUUGGCAAGGGCAUCUAUCAUCUGCGCUUUGAAAAUGGAAAGGGCAGCUUCAGUUUCUUCGAUCCAAACUCACGAAAGGCUAACAUUCCCAGAAUUCUUGUGCUCACAUUUCAACAAAGGUUCACAAAAAUGGCGAUGACUUCAGGAUUUGAUCACGAAGUGUUCUUAAGUUUCAGAGGACCCCGAUACUCGAGCAGGCAUCGCCGAUUUCCUUUAUGUCGGCCUGAUAGUGCUGGAAUCCGCGCAUACAGGGACAACGAGGAACUCCGCUUCGGGGAAGAGAUUGGGGCGGAGCUUCUUGGGGCAAUCCAUCAGUCCAAGAUCUCCAUACCCAUCUUCUCCAGAAGUCAUGCCUCCAGCAAGUGGUGUCUCCAGGAGUUAGCCCAGAUGGCGGAGCGCGGGAAAACCCGAGGACAGAAGAUCAUGCCCAUUUUCUGUGACGUGGCACCUUUCGAAGUUCGACAUCAGACCGGUAGUUACAGAGAGGCCUUCCUUUUGCACGAAAGCAAGAAGCAAUACGAUGAUCAGACUAUCAACCGGUGGAAGGCCGCUCUGAAUGAGGUCGGGUCCUUGAAAGGAUGGGAUCUACAAAGCAAGCCCAAAAGGCACGUAGGUGAGUUCACUAGAGGAGUUGUCAGGGAGGUCUUCAGGGAGUUAAAAAAGACUUCUUUGGGAGUCUCCGACUACUUGGUCCCUAUCGACAAUCAUGUGGAUGAAAUCAUUAAAAAGAUAGGCACUUAUACACCCCGAAACACUGAUCAUUGGACUCCAUGGGUUGGGCGGCAUUGGAAAGACGACUCUUGCCAAAAUUAGCCACAAUCAGCUUUCACGAGAUUUUGAGAAUUGUUGCUUUCUUUCCAACAUGUGAGAAACAUUAAAGCUCAAGGGCAUUGAGUAUGUGCAAAAUCAGCUCAUCUCCGACGUCAUCCCAGGGAUAUGCCCCAAUAUAAGAAAUGUCGACGAAGGGAUGACGAUCAUUAAAGAUCGGUUGUCUUGUAAAAGGUUACUUCCCCUUCCCGAUGAUGUGGACGAAAGGAAUAAUCUGGAUGCACUAGUGGGCAAUCGUGAUUGGUUAGGUGAAGGGAGCAAACUUAUU